AUGAUCAAUGUAAACUGGGCAUCUUGGAGUUUAACUGGUGGUUGGAAAACAAAUUCAAUGGUUUAUACAUCAAAGAAUGCAUGUAGUAGUUUGAAAAAGGUUCUUGGAAAUGUGUGGUAUUCAUUAAUGAAAGCAUUUAACUCUCCUAAAACAAGCUGUCCAAUUGCACCAGUAAAGAUAUUCAUAUUUAUUGGAUUUUCUUAUUUGGUAAAAUCAAAAAACGUUUUUAUGCCCAACUUGCCUUUGGGAGAAUAUCGUACUGUAAUUGAGAAAAUAUAUCCUUGUGCAUCAUUAAAUUCUUUACAAACAAUAAAAACUAAUCUAUAUUUCAAUAAAAGGACAUCAAAUAUAACUGAGAUGAAAGGAAAUUUUACAUUUUUGGUACCUUUUGACGAUAGUCUCACACUUGAUGUAAACGCCGCUUCUUGGAGUUUAAUCGGCGGUUGGAAACCAAAUUCAAUGGUUUAUAUAUCAAAGACUGCAUGUAGUAGUUUGAAAAAGAUUCUUGGAAACGCGUGGUAUUCAUUAAUGAAGGCUUUUAACUUUUCUAAAGCUACAUGCCCAAUUCCAUUGGGUAUAUAUGUUACAUCAGGGUUAGAUUUUAAGGAAAUUGAAGACCAUAACUUUCCAAAGGUGUAUUUUUAUGGAAAAUAUAAAACGACGGUGAAGAUAAAAAAUGUAAAAAAUGAUGUACUUGGUUGCAUCAUAUUGGAGUUGAGUCUUAUACGACCAUGGGAAAAACCAAUUUGA